AAACGCGUAUAUUUUUAUGGUUUACUGGAUAUCAAACAGCCAGCUUCAGGGAUGUGGCUGAUAGGUUCAAUGUUUCUGUGAGUUACCUGCAUGCUGUUAUAGCCAAAAUGACCAACUUUCUGAGUAGUCUCGCACCGGAAAUUAUAAAAUGGCCUAUAGAACAACAAACAAAUAGGACAAGGCAAUAUUUCUUGAAUAAAAAUGGAUAUACUGGAAUCGUUGGUAUUAUUGAUGGAACCCAUAUAAAGAUUGACAAACGAGAGGAUGAUCCGUUAUCAUAGAUCAAUAGAAAAGGAUACUACUCUAUACAGGCACAACUUAUAUGCGACCAAGAUUUGAAAAUUAUCAGUAUGUUUGCCGGCUAUCCGGACUCUGUAUAUGAUGCUAAGUGUUUUACACCUUUGAAUGGCCAGUUCAGUUUGAUAUUUGGGGCUAACUUAGAUUUGGCAGAGUGUGAUCCUUCGCAGUUUAUACACGUUAUGGGGAGUUCACAAGGAUUACCUACAUGCAUUGCUUUGCCACAUACACAUAACUGUUCACUUGAGCACGCUGCAGCAGCGUGUCCGAAGCGUUGA